GGCUGGGGGGCGCUCUGACGUGGGCAUGGCUGAUGAGGCGCGGUGGGGAGCGUCCCGGCCUCGGCCCUGGCCCUGCCCCACAGUCCCAGCGGCUCGGGGAACCGGGCCUGACCCUCGGGACUCGGGGGGGGCAACCUGCGACGGGUCCCGGGGCUGUGGGGCAGGGCUCGGUGCAGGCGGAUAGGGCUGUGGGGCAGGCAAGGGGGCUGUGGGGCGGUCACGGGUGCAGGCAGGGCUGUGGGGCAGGAUUGGGUGCAAACGAGGGUUGUGGGGCAGGCAGGGCUCAGGGCAGACGGGGGCUAUGGGGCAGGGCUGUGGGGCAGCCGGUGCUGUGGGGCAGAAGGCCGUAGGGCAGCAGAGGGUUGUGGGUCAAGGCUGUGGGGCAACCACGGGGUAACACGGGGCCGUGGGGCAGCCGGGCCCGCGCACCCCCGGCCCCACGUGACGCCCGCGCGGGGGCGGCUCCGGUUCAUUCAUAAAUCGCGGGGCCGCCCCGAGCGCGGUGGCGGCGAUGGAGCCCCGGUUUCGCUGCUAGGACGCGCUCCGGCUGCCACAGACCAUGAAUGAUGACCCGACACCUUGGGACAACGCGACCGAGAGCACCACGGCGGUGCCCGGCGAGGUGUCCCCCCAGGAUGGGUACGUGCUGCUCCUCGCCCUGCUCUCCAUCUUCAUCGGGGGAACCCUAGUGCUGCUCUCCAGCAUCCUGAUCAUCUGCCGCCGCUGCUGCGAGGCCGACCGACGGCAUUCCAGAGCCAGCGAUGACCCUGAGAAAACCAACACCACCUACCUGGAUGACUCGCAGCCCACCCAGGAUAUCACCAUCAAAGUGGAGGACCCCGACUGCCUCUCGUCCUCCAGCUACCGGGAUGCAGAGAGCGAGCGAUUCCUGUCCUCCAGCUCCUCCACCGCCCGCCGCGUUUCCUUCAAUGAGGCUGCGCUCUUUGACCAGGGCAAGAAGACCCAGGAGAAGGGGAGGAGGUACACACUGACCGAGGGCGACUUCCACCACCUGAAGAAUGCACGCCUGACCCACCUGCCCCCCGCGCCCCCUGCCCUCAGGAUCGUAACCAUCCACGAGUGCGAGACCAGUGAAAACAGCCCUGCCAUGGCCCCCUGUCCGCUCCUGCCCAAGCCUGGCCUUGCCAUCUUCCAGCCCCCUGGGGGAGCCCCCCGACCGCCGUCGCUCCCCAGCCACGCCGUGUGCCCCAGCUCUGCCUUGCCUGGGGACACCUACAACUCCACUGUGGACACCAGCUUCGCAGAAGCCAGCCCGGCUGCCUCCUCUGACUCUGGGGAGGGCCCCUCGUCUGCAGCAGCGCCCAGGGCUGGGAAGGGGGCUGGAGGUGUCAGCGUUGGCCCCCCCGAGCCCCCCCCAGCCCCCACGCAGGGCACCGUCCUGCAGUUCUUUACCCGCCUGCGCCGCCAUGCCAGCCUGGACGGGGCCAGCCCCUAUUUCAGGAUUAAGAAGUGGAAGCUGGAGAGCACCCAGCGGGCGUCCAGCCUGGACACGAGAGGGUCCCCCAAACGGCGGCAGUUCCAGCGGCAACGGGCAGCCAGUGAGAGCAUGGACCAGGAGGACCGGGACCCUCACCAGACAGACAUCAUCCAGUACAUCGCCCACACGGAUGAUGUGGCUUUCCACCCUGCGGGCGGCCCUUUCCUGCCCUCCCCCACCAGCCCGCCCCCCUCUCUCGGCAGGCUAGAGCUGGGCGAGGAAGGCAUGGGCAGCCCCAGCGACGCUGGUGUCUUGGAGCAGCCCAGCGCCUACCAUGACAUCUGGAGCCUGCGUGCCUCACUGGAGCUGUACGCCUCCUCGGAGCGGAGCAACGACCAGGACUCGGUGCGCAGCGACGGGGGGGACAGUAUCUCCUCUGCUGGCGGCGUGGCCCCCUGCCCUUCCUCCUCCUUGGACGAGGCCGAAGGCCCAGACGAGAAGCUCUGGGGUCGGCCCAAGCUGGAGGAAUCAGAGCCUGGCACACGCAAGCUGCUGCAGAUGGACAGUGGCUAUGCCUCCAUCGAGGCACCCAGUCGUGGGGGUGAGGAGGGGACCCCCAAGGACCAGACAGCCUCCGAGAAGCGCAUUUGCUUCACCAGUGCGGGUCGGAAAGGCACCAUCUUUGAGAGCUUCGGGGGCCAGGAGCCGGAGGAGGAGGAGGAAGAAGAGGAGGAAGAAGGGAGCACGGCCGGGAGCGCAGCACGUGGGGGACCCCCACGUCCCCACAGCCCCCUGGCCUGGUCCCCGUAUGGGCAGAUGUUCCCAGGGCGGGAUGUGCUGCCCCGGCGGGACUACAGCAUCGAUGAGAAGACGGAUGCUUUGUUCAACGCCUUCGUGCGCCAUGACCCCCAGUUCGACGAGUCACCGCUGCGGGGCAAGCACCGCUCCCGCAUCCACCUCCGGAAGCAGUGGCAGCACACCAAGCAGUACAGCGACCCUGGCGUGCGCUACCCCGCGCUUGAGCGGCACCGCACACCCUUGCGCCGUGGUGACAGCGCCAACUACCCCUUGGACUCCCGCUUCCAUAGCCCCCUGCCCCGCAUUGUCAGUGCCGGUGAUGAGGAGGCGAUGGAGGCAGCCAAUGGGGUCUCCCCAGCCUCAACGCUGCCUGACCCGGAGAUCCAGGUGAUUGUGGAGGAGCCUGGAGAGGUGGUCCCCGAGCCAAAGGCUGGCUGCGAGCCCCGCGGGGACGAUGACUGCCCUGGCUCGGGGAGGUGCUUGGAACUGGGCUCCAGUUCAGAGCUGAUGGACAAGAUCACUGGUGGCCUCGAAGAGCGGCUCUAUGGGCACUUGAGGAAAGCGGGAGAGAGCGAGAGCACGGAGCGUGCAGUGGCCGUGGCAGCCAGUGAUGCCCCCCCCGACCACAGCCCUGUUUAGACCCAGCGCCAGGGGCAGACACCCCGGUGGAGGGGGGUUUGGCCCACACUGGGGUCGGGGGCACCAUCCCCUCCUGCUGCUGGCACAGGGACCAGCUCGUGCCUGGGGUGCUGCGGGAAGUGUGGCCCCAGCACAGGAAGGCCAGGAGUGUGUGUGGGCUCCCCUGGCCAUAUGUUCCCCAGGGAGGGAGUAUGGUAGCGUGGGGGGGCCGAGCCCCCUCACUGUUGGGAGUGAGGUGCCAGGUGGUGGCGAGGAUCCCAGGCCGGGGGUGCUGGGGGUGCAGAAGUGGAGCUGGGAGGUCAGCAGGGAGGGACUCUGCCAAGAACCCCCACAAGCCCAACUGAGACGGAUCCUUCCCUCAUGACAGAGCUGAGAAAUAGAUCCGCUAUCUCCCCUCUCUGGUUUUUACAAGCAAUAAUGUCUCCUCUCUGGCCAGGGAAUGUCCUCGUGAGGAAAGGGCCAGAGCUAGGCCUCCCCCUGGCUGGCUGGGCAAUGCUAUGGUGCUUCCCUGGGGGGGAGGGCAGUUAUUUAGGGAGAAGAAGUCGCCUCCUAAAGCUCACAGCCCCCCCAUUCUGCAGGGAGCCUAGGAUCUAAACUGGAAGCAGGGGGACUGGGGUAGAGGGAUGCUGGAAGGGGGUCAGAGCGAGCUGUGGGUACCACAGUGGCAUCCAAGGGCUGGGGGGCAGGACCAGCCCUGCCCUGUGCUGUAAAUACCCCUAAUGGGGUGAGGGUUGCCCCUCGCCUGCCCUGGGUGCUGUCCCAUCUGCCAUGGGUACCCCAAGUGCCCCGCACCCCUCUGGGAGUGCAGUGUGGGGCUCCAGGUGGUGCGAGGUUAUUUAUUGAUGUUUACGAAAGUGAACGCUGCUGCGCUGGGAAGGGGGGCGCUUUGGAUUGGGCUUUGAGUUGUGUUUCAAAGGAUGGAUGGAAAGAGGAGCAUGAGCUGCAUUACCAGGGAGCCGGGGCAGGCGGGAGGCAGGCAGGGCUCAGCGAGGGCCCCCCUGCCGCUGCACCCCACUUGCAUGCGAGUAAAGAAGCCGGGUUGCUCCUUCCCUCUGCAAAGUCUCUGUCCAAAGCACUAACUCUGCGUUUUUAAAUCUAUAAACAAAGGAAAAAACCCAAACCCAAACGACUGUGACUUCCUGAGCUUUGCUUCUCACCUGCUGCUGCUGGGGAGGGCAGGGACCCAAUCCUGCCCCAGCAUUUCCCCAGCUCUUGUCCUGGCAUCACCCCAAUCCUGCCCUGGCACUGCCCCAGCUCCUGCUCCAGCAUCAUCCCAAUCCUGCCUUGGCAUCACCCUUGCAGCCCCAAUCCUGCCCCGGCAUCAUCCAACAGUGGCUCCCACAGGAGCAGGGUUGUGCACAGGGGCUCCUGCACCCACCUCAAAGCCUUGCAGCCCCUGGCAGAGGGGUGAGGAAGGACACGAAAACCA